CCCUUCCCACCUCAUCCCGUGAUCAUUUGCCUGUCCCUAUCGCUCUCCCUUCUUCCCUGCGACCAAUCCGCGUACUCGUUCCACCUCCUCCUCCUCGGCCCGUCGCGCCGCGGCAGCCAUGGAGGGUGACGGCAAGGAGGCCGCCAACAAGCGCCUCGACUGGGCGACCAUGAACCUCGAGAGCGGCGGCGGCGUCGCCGGCGAGAAGGGCGACGGCAAUGCGAGCCGGAAGCCGCCGAUGAGCAUCUUCCGGCUCUUCCUGGCGUGCAUGGUCUCCGGCGGCAUCCAGUACGGCUGGGCGCUACAGCUCUCCCUCCUCUCACCGUACUCGCAGACUCUUGGGAUCUCCCACAGCUACGUCUCGCUGACAUGGAUCUGCGGGCCUAUCGCCGGAUUUGUGGUGCAACCCAUCGUCGGCUACUACAGCGACCGAUGCACGGCGAAGAUUGGCCGGCGGCGGCCCUUCGUCCUUGCCGGAUGCAUCAUCAUCUGCCUCUCUGUCUUGAUGAUCGGCUUCUCGGCGGACAUCGGACGCCACCUCGGCGACACCAAGGAGCACUGCAGCACGUUCAAAGGCUCCCGCUGGUCCGCCGCCGCCGUCUACAUCGUCGGCUUCUGGUUCCUCGACUUCGCCAACAACACCGUCCAGGGACCGGCUCGCGCGAUGAUGGCAGACCUUUCCGCUGGACAGCAUGGUCCCAACGUUGGCCAGGCGAUCUUCUCCUUGUGGAUGGCUCUCGGCAGCGUCCUCGGCUACUUGUCCGGCGCCAACGCGAAGUGGCACGAGUGGCUCCCGUGGCUCAAGACCGCGGCGUGCUGCGACGCCUGCGCAAAUCUCAAGGGUGCCUUCUUGACUGCCGUGAUCCUCAUUAUCAUCAGCAUGUCGGUUACCUUGGCCCUCGCCGGCGAGGAGCAGCUUGCCAAGGACGACGUCGACGUCUCCUCUGGCGGCGCGUGCUCGGCUUUCGCCGAUCUCUUCAAGAGCCUUAAGAACCUGCCACCUGCCAUGUUCAAGGUGCUCGCCGUCACGGCCGUCACCUGGCUCUCGUGGUUCCCCUUCUUCCAGUACAACACCGACUGGAUGGGCCGGGAGAUCUACCACGGCGAGCCGCAGGGCGCGGGCGGCAAGGCGGACGCCUUCGACGCCGGGGUGCGCGAGGGCGCCGUCGGCCUCCUCUUCUGCUCCAUCGCUCUUGGCGUCACAUCCUUCCUCAUCCCCAAGCUUUGCCGGAAGCUCACGUCCCGGGUCGUCUGGUCGAUCAGCAACCUGAUGGUGUUCGCAAUCAUGACGGUCAUGGUCGUCCUUGGCAUGAUCUCCAUGAAGGGCUACAAUCCCUCCCUCACUGCCAGCCUCAUUGGUCCUGACAAAACGUACAGGGGCAUAGCGCUCGCCGUCUUCGCACUCAUCGGCAUCCCGCAGGCCGUGCUUUUCAGUGUCCCGUGGGCCGUUGCGUCUGAGGUUGCCUCCGAGGAGGGUGGAGGCCAAGGUCUCACCAUUGGUGUCCUCAACAUCGCCAUAGUCCUUCCGCAGCUGGUGAUCGCGCUCACCGCUGGCCCAAUCGAUGGCGCCUUCAACAAGGGCAACACCCCGGCCUUCGGCAUCGGCGCUGCCUUCGCCCUGAUCUGUGCGGUCCUGGCAGUCGUCCUGCUCCCCAAGACGAAAGGUUUGUCCAACGCCACCCUCAUGGCGGGCGGGCACUGAUCUCCGGCCGGUACGGCAACACACUGGCAGUGCCGAGGUAGAUCAGAAAUCCAGCAUCUGCGUCUUGGUUUCUGCCGCACCCAAUCCCACACAAGGAAUUAAACACUGAUCUAAGGAGGAAUGCAAUGGUUAAGCUAGCUUUUGGGUGAUAAUCCCGGAGUGUUGUCAAUGUCAAGUCUGUUCAUAUAUGAGGUUGUGUUCAGCCUCAUGUUGUUGAAUUCUGCUCUAGGUUUUCCCUUGGACCUUACUACUUUUACAGCAGUAGAGGGCGAGGUAGAUCUCUCCAAAUGUUUUGCACAACUGGAAAUGUAUCUCAAGUUCUCUCUGAUGUAAUCGUUACAAGCCUACGAAUGAAACGCAUUCUAAAUACUUCUUUUUGGCUUGAUA